AUGUCUGACGAUAGUAUUUUAAAUAGGACGUUUGAUAUCGACAAGUCCAAUAUUGACGUUGAGAAAGAGGAAACAUCUGGCAACUCGGGAUCACCGCAUACGUCGGAGGGGCAAGUGUCUGUAUCAACCUCCAUAGUGGGUCAUGUGGGGAAGCCUUCGAAUGUGGGCCGAGCGCUCGCUCCUACGCUUCCGGUCUCACCCUCUUUAUCGAAGAAUACGGCUAGGGUCAGACCAAAAGCUCCUUGGACUGAUCGCCCAGUAGCUCGGAAGCGUUUCGAAGGCAAUGCCUUGUUCGGUCAAGGUCUCAAGCGAACAUUCCCACCUCCGUUCCCAGUAACAUCAUCUCUGUCGCGGGAAUUGCGGUUGAUGGUGCGGGGGAGUGAUUUGGAAACUGAGAAGGAAGAGGUUAUGACCCCUUCUAGCUCUGUGAAUAACAGUGCUACGACUAGUGCUUAUUUUAUAUCUGUGACUUGUGCAACCAGCACUCAAUGGACAUGUCUCUACACUGCAGUGCUUACGUGUACUUAUCGCUGUAUCAGUGAAAUGGUGCACGUGGAUCGGUGUGACUGGACAUAUCUGUGGCGCCUGCACCGAAGUAAUGGGAUGAAGAGAAGACCAACACCACCUGAUCGAACCUUUGCGAGGGCCACAAGAGUGGCGGAUCAGUACGUUGAUCUCACCUCCCUCGCAGACAAGCGUCAUAGGUGUGGGCCUUGCAUAUUCGCUGAUGUCUGCACUGAGCUGCCACUGUUGCAGAAUGAGCAUAGGGGAGUGUCAACGUCAAAUGAGCUGAACCUACCCGCUUCCAUUUCUGGCAAAAUAUUGGAGAAGCCGCAGAUGACAGCGGAUACGAUGGUGCAUUCUCAGUUCCCAAUUUCUCAGGACUGUUAUGAAGACUACCUUUUACCCCUACGGAGGCCUUCAAAGAAUGAGGAGGAGGAGGAGGAACUGUUUGCUGUCGCAAUCAUGGUAGAAGAGGAGACCCUUCCAGCUACAUCGACGCAAUAA